GGAGCCUGUGCCAAGUUCUAUCGUCUGAGGCCGGACAUCCUUCUAGUUGGCGCAGCUUUGGACAACCAACCCUAGAUUUAUUGACGGCCGGAGACUACCAAAGAUGUUCGCUGCUGCAACUUCAUUCUUCGCACGAUCCAAUAUCUCCCAGUCGUAUAAUAUAGGAGCGGCAUCCACCUCGAGCAGGUCUACCACCCCCGCGCCGUCUACCCCAGGAGCGUCCUCGUCUCCCCUUCCGGUUGCUGCCGCGCAUUCAUCCACAUUCAAUGUCGGAUUAUGGCGAGUCCAGUCUGCAACGCACAAAGUCACGAACAAGCGCGUUUCGGUAUGGAGCUUCGACAAGAGGAGCCCAGAAAUGGAGCGCUUGACGGCGAUUGCACGAGAGCAUACUCUAUCUGUCUUGAAGAGCGAGGCAUCGGCGCUUAGCCGUCUCCGUCAUCCUUGUAUAUUAGAGAUGGUUGAACCGCUAGAGGAGACGCGAAACGAGCUCAUCUUUGCCACUGAGCCGUUGAUAUCGUCCCUACAGCUCUCGAUACCAGGCUCCUCUCGAUCAACGCUCGUGGAACUCGACGAAGUGGAGAUCCAGAAAGGUAUCCUCCAACUCUGCAAAGGACUGGCGUUCCUGCACACUUCGGCACGCCUGAUACACAGCAACCUCAACCCAGAGAGUGUUCUCAUAAAUAGUUCAGGUGACUGGAAGAUAUCUGGCCUGGGAUUAACAAUCCCUCUCCAAAAACCGGACGGAACGGAGACGCGCUGGGAAUUCCCGACCUUCGAUGGGCGUGCGCCCUCCUAUGUACAGCGAUCCUUCGAUUACAUGGCUCCUGAGUACGCUCUAGAUGAGAUGCUCGUUACGGAAUCAGAUAUGUACUCGUUAGGCUGCCUUAUCUAUGCCGUACAUUGUAAAGGGAGUCCGCCGUUCCUCAAUCAUGGCAGCCUGAGUGGCCUACGUGAUAAUGCAGGAAAGCCAUUGAGUGGUAUAGAUCGCCUAGACCGGGACCUGCAAGCACUCCUCCAGCUCCUCAUCACCCGCUAUCCACAUAAUCGUCCCACCCCGACCGAUCUCCCUACUCAUUUGUUUUUCUCGUCUCUGCCCAUCUCGACCCUCAACUUCUUGGAUCGUACGAAUUUCACUGCGAAAUCGAAGGAAGAGAAAAUCUCGUUCAUGAAGGGUCUCACGAGUGUCCUCGACCGGUUUUCCGAGGGUCUACGGGUCCGGAAGAUAUUACCUACUCUACUGGAAGAGAUGAAAGACACACAACUCCUACCAUAUAUUCUGCCAAAUGUAUUCGCGAUAUCGGCAUCACUGUCCCCCGUGCAGUUUGCUUCGACAGUCUUACCUAGCUUGAAGCCCUUGUUCGCAAUCAAAGAGCCACCGCAGAAUAUGCUGACGCUUUUGGAUAACCUAAAAAUGUUGCAGAGCAAAACGGAGAAGAAUGUGUUUCGUGAACACGUCCUGCCGCUUGUGUACAACGCUCUUGAGUCCGAUCAUGCCAUCGUCCAAGAACGUGCACUUACGACAGUCCCUGAUCUCUGCGAGACUAUUGAUUAUGCUGAAGUCCAGGGUGUACUAUUCCCCCGGGUUGCUUUGGUGUUCUCGAAGACACGGAUAUUGUCCGUGAAAGUGGCUACCCUGAACACGUUCCUAAGUAUGGUUAAAACGCUCGAUCAAGCCAGCCUCACGCAGAAGUUGGUUCCUUUACUGUCGAAGAUUCGUACAAAGGAGCCUGCGGUCAUGAUGGCCACGUUAGCCGUCCAAGAAGCUAUGGGGCUGAAAGUGGAUCACGAGGCGAUUGCAUCUCUGAUUCUCCCGCAUCUCUUCACUAUGUCUAUGGGGCCUCUAUUGAAUAUUUCACAGUUCCAGCGUUUCAUGUCGGUAAUACGCAAGUUGACCGACCGAGUGGAGAAGGAGCAUAAUCAGCUCCUCCGCGAUACACAACGCAUCGAAGAUCGCUCCGCGACUGCUGUCAAUGGCAAUUCCUCGGCGACCGCCGGGGCGACUAUUGACUUCGAGAGUCUGGUCGGAAAGGCCAAUGGAGCAUCUGUUAGAGCCGACACCGUCCUCGAUACUUCGUCAGCAGCAUGGGAAGACGAUGUGUGGGGCAGUUUACUUACCAGUCCUGCCGAGACGCCGAAAUUACCAGCGCCGAUUCCCCAACCACAGCCGUCGUCAAUCCCUAUACAAGCACAGUCAGUGCCCUCCUCACCGAAGUUUCAGACAUCUCUUGCGACUUCCUCAAGGCCUACGGCAAGUCGAACUUCUUCACGUGGUCUGGGUGCCACACCGAUACCAUCUACCUCAUUCAACACGAGUGCUUUGGGCGCGCCUCCUAGGGCCAGAUCAUCGCUAUCCACAUCGAGCCAGAUAAUGCAACCGAUGCAGGCCAACUAUACCGGUGGAUCAUACCAGGCGACGCAAAGCCAAGCAUCCAAACCUAACUACAAUAUUUCCCUGGACGACUUCGAUGCUAAUUCCACUACGAACCCACAGAUUUUCUCGACGCCUCUGCAACAGCCCAAUUACACGGGCGGCAUGGGCGUGACAUCACCACCGCCGAUAUCUAUGGCCUCCCCUCCCCUCUUUGCCUCACCGCCUAGCAUGGGAGGCUUGCUAACUCCGUCGAAACCAGCCCAGCAAGGUUGGUCCAAUUCUCAACAGUUAAAGAACAAUGACUGGGGGGACUUCGAUCCGUUGUCGUAAUGUUGGACCUAUCCACCACGGGAUCUCCUGCUCGACUCAUGUGCUGUAUACCAGUGUAUACCAUCACGGAAUAUGCUCGUGACUUAGCCCUAUAAGUAGAGUAGUGACGGAAUCAGUCUGCCUCGAC